ACUAGGGAUAAGAAUUCGUGCAGUUUCUACAUAUCACUACUUGAUUCCAGAACCUCUUCCUCACCGUCUCUCUAUAAAUUCCAAGAACUUGGAAAACAACUUCGAGCAAGCAAAGCCAAGAGUAUCUCUUUUCAAGUUACUCUUAAUAUAAGUUGCAAACCUUUGUCAACGCAUUAUUCCUCCUCUAUACCCAACAUGGCCUUCAGGUCAACUGGUUAUUGGAAGCAGAUGGUAAAUCGCUUAAGAGGAAACGCAACAUAUGGGACAUCAACCUCACCAAAAAUGAAAGCAUAUGCCCCCGCAGCUGAUGAUUUCGGGAAUGUUCUUCGCGAAGAGCGGAGUAAGAGCAAGAUGGGACAGAAGGGUGAUUAUGUGCCAGUAUAUGUAGCACUUGGCUUGAUAGCUUUAUCUACCAUGUUAGGACUACACACUGCAAAACAGCAGCUGCUGUACUCACCAUCUGUGCGAGUCAAGAAAAAGUUGAGAGAAACAAUUCCUGAAGUUGUCUGUCCAGAGAAAGUGGUGGAUGAGGCUCAUAAAUUUGUUGCGAAAUCUUUCUUGAGGAAAGCAGCCCAUAUUCAAGAGUUUGACAGUGCACUUCAGUCCCUGCCUGAUAUUUAUGCUAACCCACCUAGAGCAGAGACUCUGAAGUCCAUUGGAAUAGAUCCCAAGUUGGACUAAAAUGGAUUGUUAGACCCUUUUCUCCCCUAUUUUGGACUCCUCUUGUACAUAAUAGUUUGACCGGUUCCUUUUAAUAAAAUAAUGUUGUUUUAUACAAACGUAGUCAGCCUUUUGUAGCUAGAUUGAAACUGGACGAUUGUGUAGAGUAUUAUGGUUGUGAAAUGCAGUAAGCACAGAUAUUAGUAAAGAAGGACCGUAUUAGUAUUUU